AUGAUCGUUCCCCAGCCCGCGAAAGACGGCAUAGGCGCCGGUCUACGGACAGAGAGGGACGAUCUCGAAGAGACGAUGACCGGCCUCGAAGACGCACACACACACCUGAGAGAUCUCGAUCGCCCGGUUCUCGCCGUCACCGCAGUGAUCGAGACCGCGAUGAUCACCAACGUUGAGAACAUCAAGCUCUUGCAUAUUUCGCGCUGGGCUCGUGUAACAUCUGGACGUGGAUCUCGCCAAGUAUUCAAGCUUACUUGGUUCAAUUCCUUUCUAUGUACAAUCACGAAUUCAGAAUGUUCCAAGACAUAG